AUGCCUUCGAUCAACAUUCUCUGUUCGUCUGCUCUGCCGUUUGUGCCUACCAAGUUCCAGAUAGAUGCUCAUGAGCAUGAGACGGUUCUGGUGGUCAAAAAACGGCUUUGCCAGAAACUGGUCGAGUUACAGAGACAGGGAAGUGUCGAAACGUCCACAGAGUCUUACAACCGAGAACAGGAGCAUUUGGGCAACCCGGGCAAUCUGAAGCUGAUUUUCGGAGGAAAGAUCUUGCCCGACGCCAAUGAACUGCCCAAUUUGGCGGCCACAAACCCCACGUUCCAUCUUCAUUUGCUGCCUGUUUCCCUCGACAAGGAGAAACUGAGCAUUAUUGAGAGGUUUCGAAGAGGAAGCACUAGUAAGGGCGAUGCGAAUGGAGGAGCAGAGAGUUCUGGAUCGACACCAGCGGAGUCUCAGACCAUGUACAACGUCCGACUACUUUCGAAUCAAGCAAAGCCCACGAUUCACUACAACGUCCAGCAACAGAGUCUGUACAACAUGGACGGUGAGGCGUCUCUUGCUGACCUGAAGCAUCUGCUCAUCAACUCUCUGGGCAAUGACACUGCUGUCAAGUCGCUGGAUUUGGCUAUUCAGCGCAAGUUUGUGGUCUUCAACUCCAAGGGCCAAGAUUUCUCGGACGACACCAUGAAGGUCAAGGAUAUCAACAACUUUGGGCGUCCUCCUCACUCGCAAGGCACGAACGUGGUGAUAUUUUACCGGUUUGUCCUCGGCGAAUUCGAGGAGUACCAGAUGGAGGGUGAGAACGAGGUGCUUGAGAAGCCUGCUGAGGCUCAAUCAACCCCCGUCAAGUCCAAUAACCCUUUCAACAAGGAGGUUCAGCAGCAGCAGCAGCAGCAGCAGCAAGUCAAGAGUAUGGUUGAACCUGAUGGGUCAUUGAUUCAGUUUGACCGAGAAACUGCUGCUGUUUCUGUCGCUACUUCACCAUCUGCUGCGCUCUCUGGCAACCCCCUCGCUGGCGCAUUUACAGCCCAGCUGAAUCUGGACAAUGAGGGAAAGGGCAAGGAGGUUGCUGAGGAAGUUGAUGAGGAGGGUGAUGUUGAGAUGAAGGAAGGGAAGCCUGUUCAAGUUGAGACCGUUGAGACACCGGUCCCUACGCCCACCAUCAAGCACCUCUUCAUCAAGGACACCAGUCUCGGAGACUUCCAUCUCAACCCCACAGAUGUCAAGACAGGUAGCUGCACAGAAUCCGAGUGGGUGGCUAUUUCGCCUCGAGAAAUGACCAGGCUCAAGCGAAUGUACAGAGAAUUUGGUAACUCGGAAACUGAGCCUAAGCGACGGAAGUCAGGCGAGUUUACCAGAGAGACAGGAGAGGCUGUUGCCUCUGGAAGAGAUAUGGCCGGCAGAGGCCUACCUGGAAGAGGUAUGGGUCAGCAAAUUGGAACGGGUGCUUCUACACCUUCUUCUGCUUCGGCUGCUUCUAACCCUUCUACCUCUUCGGAAUCCAACUCUGGACCCAGUUCGAGCUCUUCUUCCGACUCUCACGCCAACAACCACCCCCAUACCAGCAACCAUUCCCACACCCACAACCACAACCACAACCACGCACAUGUUAACCCAACUCCCAAUAGUCACCUGCACAAUGAUACAGCCAACUCGACAGACACAGAGGCUGAGGUGAUACAAACUCCCCCUAGAGGAGCCGCUCACUCGCCUGGAAACACCACUCCUGCAUCUGACCAGUACCGUCAAUUCCAACAGUUUCUGAGAUGGGCUGACACCCAGCAUGAGGACCACACAGAGCCUGCGGAGUUUGACUACCGUCAGUUCCAGCAAUUCCUCCAGUGGGGUCAGGUCCAGCCUCCCACACAGCAACCCCUUGUUGACUUCUCGUUCCGGCUGAGAAUCUCGCCUCCUCCUUGGAAUAUUCGUCAGCGAAUUCGGGAGAUGAUUCCCCCCCGCGACCAACUUCGUCAGCGUGCGGUUGUGGCUGUUCGCCAGCUUGGCGAAGUGCUUGUCUUCCUACUACAGCUUUUUGUCUUUUACAUAAUGGUUCUGGGUCGUAUUAACAACGACUAUAUGUUCUAUGCGUCGUGUGGUCUCACUGUGAUCAUCUUUGUGGGUUACCGUUUUCGGCACCAUCUGGAGCGGUUUCGUCCUGCGAGCUUCAACGUGGGUUCUGAGGAAUUAUCUCGAGUUGCCCAGAUUUUUCCUGCCGUGAACUACGACCAGGAGGAACCUGCUGCUGGAGGUAACAACGAGGCUGUUCGAGAGGCUCUGGAAAAUCCUGACAACCGGCAUGCUCGGGGCGUCCGAAUUGGCGCUGCCUUCUUUGGCUCCAUGAUUCCCGCUGUCCAUUCUCGAUGGCUGGCUGAUAACCGACAGCGACGAGUUCAGCUGGAUGCAUUGAUUCGACAGCGAGAGCGUGAAGGAGAAGAGACUCAGACUCAGGAAGGAGAGGAUAACGAGGGUGACGAGGGAAACAACCGAGCCGAACAAAAUGAGUAA